AUGUAUCUCCCGAAUGAAACAAUAUCAAUCAGUGGAUACAUUGUAGAUUUCAAUGUUGGCGACGAAGUCCAACUCUAUUUCCGUGUCAAUAACGACAUCACAGAGUAUGCAACUCUUCCAAUGAUUGUUGGCGAAAAUUUCAAGACAGACAUAUUCACAUUCAAUACGACACUUCCUAUUGAAGUUCGAAGGAACCAAAUCAUCAUCUGGGCAUCAUCUAACAGUAGUAUGACAAGCAGAACUAGUUACAUCAAUAUCAUCACAAACAGAGCACCAGUACUGGAUAUGUGGAAACCAAUCAAAGGAAAUUACUCAAUGAGCGAAUACAUUGACAUCGACUGCAACAUCACAGAUGAUUCAAACUGCAGAAUUUAUUACUCAUUCGAUGACAAGAAAGCAAAAUACAUUGAUGAGAUGCUUCCAAUAAGGAGUCCUAUGUUCCCAGUUAUCAAACGUGUUCCAAUUGAUGGCAAUGAUCUUGCAUUUGGAACACAUACAAUGGAAGUAUGGAUUGUUGAUGAGUUUGGUGUUAAGUCAAACGAAAUCUCACAAAAUUUCGAAUUCCGAAAUAUGCAUGCACCAGAAAUUGUUCUUAAUCCUCUUCCAAAGAGAGGUCCAUACAACUAUCACGAGAAAGUCACAUUUAGUGGAAGUGUUCGCGAUCUUGAUAGUGGUGACCAUGUCAUUGUUAUUUUCAAAGUCGGCAGCAGCGAACCAACAGAAUUGUAUGACUCUAUCUCGGAUGGUCAGUGGCAUGACUUCAGUUACACGAUCAAUGUUCCUCGUGGUGAUGCAGAGUACACAAUCUUCGUUGCAGCAAUGGACCAGACACUUUCUAAGUCUAACGAGGCUACACUUUCAUUCAAAGCACAGCGUGCACCAGCAGUCAAGAUGUUGA